UCAAACUCUCCGACGGAGAGCAUUACGGUUUUAGCUGUAACAGCGAACAGUUCUUCCGAGAGUGUUGUGGGUCGCGCGCGUUUGGAUUACGCUCUCUGGGAUAAGCAGCAAACGGAAUCAUCGCAUUGCGAGAAACGCGCCGGCAUCAGUGACAGUCGAUUGGCUGCCAUCAAGGUGACAACUACAUAACGCGGAAAAGCAAGUGAACUAUACAAGUGAACGAACUCACACAAACACACACACACACGCAUAAACACACAAGUGAAAACAAUAUAUCGAACCAUAUCAAUUAUGGUGAUGUUGCAAUCACCGGCCCAAAAGGCCAGCGAGAAUAUUGGCCAACAACCAGCAACUGCCGUCGGUGGUCUAAUGAGUCCUAAUUCCAAUCCCGAUUCACCUAAAUCGAAUACCUCACCGGAAGUGGCCAAUAAUGCGGCAAAUGAGGUAACCACCAAUGGUCCUAGUUCUGCCAGUGGCAACAUAAAUGUUGCAAUCCCACCAAAAAUACCCAAAUUCAUAAUCAAUGCCAAUGGCCAGGCUGCUGCCAUGGAGCGUUUAAAGCAAAUGAGCACCGAAUCAGGCAUACUAAGUCGUCUCAGUCCCAGUCAUCAGGAUGAUGGGGAUAAGGAAAAGGAUAAACCCCAUAUGAACAACAACAACAACAAUAAUAAUAGUAAUAAUAACAAUAGCAACGUAACCAACAACAAUACGCGACGAUCACAAUCGCCGCCAACAACAGUCAGCAAUUUUCCAACACCCGCCCAACAGCGUAAACUACUCGAUCUCAAUGCAGUACGUCAUUUGGCAAGACCGGAACCAUUGCAGCAUCCACAUGCAGCAUUGUUGCAACAACAUCCGCAUCUAUUGCAAAAUCCACAAUUCCUAGCAGCUGCCCAGCACAUGCAACAACAGCAGCAACAACAACAACUUCAUCAUCAUCAACAACACAAUCAUCCGCAUUCACACCCUCUCACUCAUCCUCAUUCGCAUCCUCAUCCUCAUGCGCAUCCCCAUUCCCUGCCAGGAGCAACAGUCUUCCACUUAAGGGCUCCAACUGUCAUACCCAGUGCCAGUAGCAGCAACAGCACAGCUCCACCUUCGCCAGCCGCCUCUCCACUCUCGCCACCCACAUCGCCAGCGACACAUUCCGAACAGCAUCUAAAUUCUCCCGCCGCUGGACCAGCAAAUCCAUUACAUUCCUCACAGCAUCAACCGCUGGAAUCGUCGCCAUCAACGCCACUCCAUCUAACACCAGCCACUCCAUCUACGCAUCCAGUGAGUCCAUUGUCGGCCAGUGACAUGGAUCUGGAGCGCAUUAAGCUGGUGGCUGCGGUUGCGGCUCGUUCCCAGACCAAUCAAGCACCGGGCACAUCUUCCGCCUCAACCUCAGCCACUGCCACCACCACCUCCAAUUCGUCGUCUGCCUCAGCCAUGGCCUCGCCAGCAGGCCGGGAUUUAAGUGACUAUGGCUUCAGAAUACAAUUGGGCGGACUGGCGGCAGCGGCAGCUGCGGCGGCGGCCACAUCGCGGCAAAUUGCGGCCGCUAAUUAUGCACGAAGUGAUACCAGCGAGGAAUUAAAUGUCGAUGGCAAUGAUGAGGAGAGCAACGAUGGAUCCCACAGUACGCCGUCGGUAUGUCCUGUGGACCUAACCCGUUCGGUGCCCACCAAUUCCAAUCAUAAUGGCGGCAGCUCGGCAUCAACGAGUGGCUCAAGCGAACGGGAGGCUGCCACAAAGCGUUUGGCCUUCUCGGUGGAAAAUAUACUCGAUCCCAAUAAGUUUACUGGCAACAAAAUGCCAACCAUGUCUGUACCAUUUGGCCAUCCACGUCAAUGGGGCUAUGAUGGGCGGGAUGAGGAAAUGCAUGAGCGUUUAGAUGAUGAUCAAAGCGAGGACAUGUCUGCCCAGGAUCUCAAUGAUAUGGAUCAGGAUGAUAUGUGUGAUGAUGGCAGCGACAUUGAUGAUCCCAGCAGUGAGACCGACUCCAAGAAGGGUGGCAGUCGCAAUGGCGAUGGCAAAUCCCAAGGCGGUGGCGGUGGCGGCGGCGGUGGUGGCUCCAAGCCACGUCGAGCACGCACUGCCUUCACCUAUGAGCAGUUGGUGUCACUGGAGAAUAAAUUCAAGACCACGCGCUAUCUGAGCGUAUGUGAACGUUUGAAUUUGGCCCUCAGCUUGAGUCUAACUGAGACGCAGGUGAAAAUCUGGUUUCAGAAUCGGCGUACCAAAUGGAAAAAACAGAAUCCCGGCAUGGAUGUCAAUAGUCCGACAAUUCCACCGCCAGGUGGCGGCUCUUUUGGACCCGGUGCCUAUGCCAGCAGUCUCCUCUAUCCACAUGCUGUGCCCUAUCCACCCUAUGGACCAUAUUUCCAUCCCCUGGGUGCACAUCAUCUCAGUCAUUCGCAUUCAUAAAAUUGCAAGAUGCAACAGAGAUUGUUGCAAUUGUUCGAAAAGCGUGACAAGACGGCGGCAGCAUCCAAGACUGCAGCUUAAAAUGCUUUCUGUAAAUGUUAUCAGUUGAGUUCAGUUGAUUUUGUAAUGUUUUCUUUGGCUGUAAAUAGUUUGUGUA